CCCAAGACUUCACAAGACCUUCUUUUUUCGCAUGGACGCAUACCAAGAGAAAGGUGCAUUAGCUACCUACGAGCAGGAUGAAUCUGCCAAGCAACAUAGAUGGGGACCAACAGUCAAGGAGUUAAAGCUCCUCCUUAUCGCUUCAACUGGUUUCUUUAUUGAUGCUUAUGAUCUUUUCAUUAUCAAUUUGGCACUUCCGGCUAUUUCUUUGGUUGCUUUUGGCACACCAAGCUCUUCUCCCACUCAGAUCAGCUUGUCUGGUGGUACAUUCAAAGCUGCAGCAAACGUGAGUACUCGCGGUUGUGUUUUGGAAGCCUUUCGAUGUCUUCCUGGCAAAUGAAAUCUUUCAUUUCACGUCCUGCGACAAUUAGCCAGUAUCUGACAUAUUAUAGAUUGGAUGUGUCGUAGGACAAUUAGGUUUUGGACUCUUAAGUGACAUUUUUGGCCGUAAGGCAGUCUAUGGAAAGGAAAUGAUGAUUAUCAUUAUUGCAACUAUCUUUAUCAUCAGUCCACCUUCUGUUGGAGAACAUGGUUUUAGUGGAGUUGACUUAUUCACCUGGCUUACUGUCUGGAGAGUAGUCUUGGGUAUUGGAGUAGGAGGUGAUUACCCUAUGAGCAGUUCUGUUGUCGCUGAUAGAGCAAAUUUGAACCGUCGUGGUACCAUGUUGGCAUUUAUUUUCUCAGCUCAAGGUGCUGGUCAAUUCGCAUGUACAAUCAUCACCUUGAUCAUACUUUCAUGUUUCAGAACUGGUAUUAGAGACCACGGCAAUUAUGGACAAUUCAAUGCAGUAUGGCGUAUCCUCUUCGGUAUCAUUUUGGUACCAUGUAUAGUUACACUUUACAAUCGUUUAAGACUUCCAGAAUCAACCAAGUUCAAGGCUGUACAGCAAAUGAGAGCCGACAAAGAAAAUAAAAUCCUCAACGCUGAUGAUCCUAAGGCAGCACUUCAAGCACGUACUGCUGCUAAUCCAGAGACUAUACAAGGAGAUGGAGACGAUUCUGCUCAUUCUCAAGACAAGGAUAUUGAAAUCGCUCCUGAAUCAAAACCAACGCCUCAAGAGACUGAGCUUACCGAAGGCAAAGAUUCCAAGCAAGUCUGGUAUGAGAAGUUGGGUGCUUUAACUGAAUUCGUCGAGUAUUACAAGGAAUGGCGUCACCUCAAGUUGCUGAUCGCCACGGCUGGUUGUUGGUUUUUACUUGAUAUAACCUUCUAUGGUAUUUCGCUUAACCAAAGUGUUGUCAUCGACAGUGUAGGGCUCGUAGACAAGAAUGACGAACCAUUCAAGUAUAUUUGGGACAAUUCAAUUGCCAACUUAAUUAUUACAGCUGCUGGUUUCUUGCCUGGUUACUACGUCAGUAUGUUCACUAUUGAAUAUAUUGGUAGAAAAUGGUUGCAAUUCGGAGGUUUUCUUUUGGAAGCACUCUUUUUGGGUAUUGUCGCAGGUGCUUUUGAUUAUCUCAAGGACCACUCAGCCAGUUUCUUUGCAUGUUUCGCUUUGUUGCAAUUUUUCUUCAACUUUGGUGCCAACAUGACUUGUUUCGUUAUUCCAGCCGAGGUUUUCCCAACCAGAGUGAAAGGAUUCAGUCAUGGAUUCUCAGCUGCUUGCGGAAAAGUAGGUGCAAUUAUCGCAGCCCUUGGAUUUGGUGAAGCAUCACAUCAUAUCGGUACUGACAACACAUUAUGGAUUUUCUUCGGUAUAUCUAUUGUUGGUGCAGCUUUGACUUUGCUUUUGCCUGAAACAAAAGGUCGUGAUGCGGAUAUUAUAGAUUUGGAAGAGAGAAGAGAAGCACACGCUAAACAAUUACAAUAAUUUAUAACUCAAAUACUAUAUAGACAAACAUUCUUCAGGAUUUCGCAUUAUUUCGAGUUAAAAACUCAGUCUCAUUGUAAUAACUAACGAAUUGGAUAUGUAAAUUUCUUAAUAUGCACAUUUAACUUAGACAUAGA